AUGGAAGGCUCCGGCGAUUCCGACGCCACCUCCUCUGACGGCGAGUCGUCCUCUGGCGAGAGUGUGGAGCUGCUGGAGAACCUGUCGGCGCUGGCGGAGGCGGUGGACGCGCCGCCGCCAGAGCAACCCACCAUCUGCUGCAUGUCCGGCUGUGCCAACUGCGUCUGGAUCGAGUACGCCGAGCGACUGGCGGCGCACUACCGCGACGGCGGCGAGGCCGGCCGGCGCGCCAUCGAGGCUAAUGUGACCGACCCCAGUCUUAAGGCCUUCCUGCUGCUGGAGCUCCGCACCCGGUGACGACCGUUCCGAGCGGGGCGCGCACUGGGCGGCGCAAAAGGUCCCCGCGGGGAGAAGGCGCCACUGAAGACGAUGGAGGCGCCAUCUCGCCUACUGCGACGUCGUGGCGUUUCGGUGAGGCGCCUUAGCGUGCGAUGAGAUGGAUCGGCACAGGGAAUUUUAAUGGGUUGGUGUUGUGACGCAUUCUAGUCUUUCAUGCUUCAAGGCUAUGGUUAUAUGGUGGGAUUGUUGGCUUGCGUCGUUGGUAUUAGAUGCUGGCAGGUAGUCCUCAGUGGCCGUUGCAUUAUAUCAUACACGACGGUGAACGUGCGCGGUUGCGCAUGAGACACCGCAGUCCAGAGUGGAAUGAGUGUAUUUAAAAUAAUACUAUCUGUACCUGUGACAUACCGGUGAGAUAUUAUUUAAUAUAUUUAAUAGUCGUCAUCCGCUUUCCUUCCCGGAAGACUGCCGUAUCCGACCACAUCCAGCCGAUAGGCGACAAGCAGCCAAGGGUCGAGUCCUUAGACAUGUGUCUGCUUAUGGCACGCACGAUGCAGGGCUCUGGUGGGCUAGUCUACCACGACCUGAACAGUACCACGGAAGAACCGUCGCCGUUCCGACCUCUCUUGAACCCCCACACAAACCAUUCAGAGGAUAGUUCGACCCAUCUGGUCUCAACCCAAGGAGUGUCACGAUGGUCACUAGACGCUACAUGAGUGCCAUAAUAGCCUCGUUCAUCCUGGGUAUAAUGUAACCGAUCCAUUUGGAAUACAAUG